AUGAACCACUCUGCAGCUGAACGCCCAGCUAGAGCUGCUACCGACAAAUAUGUCAAAAGGUAUUCCUUUGAAACCAGCUUCUCUGCCAACAUGGGCCAUGAAAUGCUGACCAAUCUUUCCAGUACAACUAUCUCCGUGACACAAACCAACAACGGACUCGAUAUCAAUGUCAAACACGAAGAAAAGUUCACCCUUGGCUCAGAGUCUCUGACCAGAAUUGCUGGCAAUCUCGAAACCCUGAAUCUUCCAGGCAAUCCUGCUCAGCAGACAAUGGUUGCCAGCCAGAAUUAUCAUCCUCUUGCCCCAGCCGACGAUCCUACCGAGACCAUCCUUCGCAGUUUUCUCGAUUUAAGAAAUAUCCAGAAUGGCAGAAGUACCAAUGAUGGAGUGAAUCCUGGUAGCAGAUCGACAGGAGGGGGUAGUUGCAGACAGGGACAGAAUCAGGGUUAUUUUGACGCGACCACCAACGGUACGGGCCACCAACAAGCUGACUGGCAACUUGGUUCACAAAGUUAUGGAUAUGUUGGUGGAAGGAGCAAUGAGGAAACCUAUGGUCAAACUUAUGAGAGAGGUUGUGUUCAGGAUUAUAGACGAGUUGGCGGGCAAACUUACGGCUAUGGUUCAGGAGACAUGCAGACUUACAACUGCGGAGCCGAACAUAGGUCUGCAUCAAGCGGUGGCCAAAAUCAUGGCUACGUCAGCGGAAGAGUCUACGAGUAUGAUGAAGAGGAAGAAGAGUGUGAUGACAACGACACAGAAGGAGAUGCAUACGAAUAUGAUCAGCAAGAGGAAGAUUAUCAUGAUUACAACGACGGAGAACAGGAUGAAUACGGAUAUGAUCAGGGAGAAGAAGAAUAUUACUAUUGA